GAGGAGAGAGAGGAGAGAGAGGACUUCAAAUUCAUUUUUCAAUUGUGUGUGUGGAGAGAGAGAGAGAGAAGGGGCUUCCAAAUUUUCAAUUUCAAGAAGUACCAAUAUUAAUAAAAUAAAAAAUAUCACCCCUUCACCUCCGAAAGAAAAGAGGAGAAAAUUAAUUAAAAGAAAAAAAAAGAGGAGAGAGAGAGAGAGAGCACUCUAAAACUUCAAGAUCAUUUCAAAGUUCAGACAGGAAACCUGACCAGACAAGACCAGACCCGACCCAUUUAACAAUCUCUCCAGAUCUUUACAAUAUUUUGCUGAUUCAUCAGCCUACUGAUUCACUCACUUCAAAUGCUCUGAAAGAUGUGUGAUGAGAAAUCUGUUGCUUGCAAACUGGAAAAUGGGCUCUGCAUCUGAAUCUUGGAAGCGGUAAAGGUUGGAUCUUUGGAGGGGUUUGGAGAUCUAGUGUGAGAGCUUGCUGCCUCAUCUGAAGGAGUGUGGUAUGAUUUUGUUUGGUAAAUAGGCUUAUGAUGGCGUCUAACAGCGUUAAUCCUGUGUGUGGGGUGGAGUUGGAGAAUGGCCUUCACGAGCCACUCGUAACUUCCAAUGGAGACUUGGGGAUCGAAGAAUUAAGUGUUAAUCUUGAAGAUGCUGUGAAUCUGGAAGAUCAUUCUUUAGUCUCUGACAAAGAAAUCAUUCAAGAACCUGUUGUGCAACCGGAUUGCAACUCGACAGUCACAGCUGAGGCGCUUGGAGUUAAAGAGUCUAGUGAUUCUAAGAAUUUGAAACCGCAAAAGGGCACAGUGAAAGCCAAGAGUGGGAAAUCUUUAAGCCCGAAACAAGUGUCAUUGACAGGUUUGAGUAAGAGCAAAGAUGGAAAAAAUGUGCCUAAAUCUUCUGUUGCUUCAAAUGGUACCAUUUCUUCAGAAUCUGUACGUGGAAAGGCUCCUGCUCUUAAAACAAAAGCUAAAUCAUUCAACGAGAGGCAAGCUUCUGAUAGCUCGAAAGAAACAAAUGUUCAAACUGUUUCUAAGCAGCAACGGCAUCCUGAUGUAACAUCGUCUUCCACUAGUGAAGCUCUGCCAGAGGAUCCCAUGGAGGAGACAAAACCGAAGGUCGUUAAGAAAGUCCCUCCAAGUAAAGCUGAAGAGACCUCUGAAUCUUCUCUUCCUACUUCUGAUGAUGGCAAGCCCCGGAAACUGGGUACUCUUCCGGCCUACGAUUUCAAUUUCAAAUGUGAUGAGAGGGCUGAGAAAAGAAGAGAGUUCUACACAAAACUCGAGGAAAAAAUUCAUGCAAAGGAAAUGGAGAAGAACAAUUUGCAAGCCAAGACUAAGGAAUCUCAGGAAGCCGAGAUUAGAAUGUUAAGAAAGAAAUUGGGUUUCAAAGCAACACCGAUGCCAAGCUUCUAUCAGGAACCUGCACCUCCAAAGGUGGAAUUGAAGAAGAUACCUACUACAAGAGCCAAAUCUCCCAAGCUUGGUCGAAAGAAGACUUCAUCUACUGCGGAAUCUGAAGAAAAUGAUGCCCCCAUUGCUCGUCCAAGUAGGCUGAGCUUGGAUGAGAAAUUCUCAAAAGGUAAUGUCGCAAAAACGCCACCUCCUGUUGCCCAUGUUAAGAAGCCACUGCGAAAAUCUCUUCCCAAGUUACCCUCCGAGAACACCACCUUAUCCGGGGAAAAGAAGAAGGCUACAUCUCACAAGACCACGGCUUCAAAAGAAGCAGCAGAGUCCAGACGUGGCCUGAACGACGUACCAAAGGAAACGAGUGAAGCUGCACCUGCACAGAAACUGGAGGCCGGGACUGCUGCUGUGCCAAACGAGAGUGAUAACGAACCUGCUCUGGAAUCACAAGAACAAGAUAGUUUGGUGCACGAGCCGAUUGCAGUAUGAAAGCCUGAAAGAGUAGCGCGAGCGCAGGUGAUGCAUCUUUUCUCUAAACUAAACUGGUGUUAUACGAUGAUGAUAUAAAACGUGGAAGAUGUCUGAAUAAGUCUCUAUAUUCGAGCAAGGCAUGGAGUACAGUGUAGUAAGGGGGUGCCGGUGUCGUUCUACCCAUAGUCAGCGACGAAGUUUGGUUGUUUGAUAUGCUUUUUUUCUUAUAUGUUUGCUGAGUGUGGUGAAUUUGUUAUCCUAAUUUAUGUUUAGACAUGAUUUGUCACCCGAGUCAGUGAAAAUUUUGGGGAGAUUCUGUGUUGGAAUGGUUGGAUGUCGAAGACAGGCUGUUGAAAUA